GACAGUGAUCCAUACUACUACUUUUCUAUCCCGCUUAAAUUUAGUUAAAAGGUUUUGCUGAUACUGGUGCAUAUUCCUUUAAACCUCUUUUUGCUUCUGAAUGAAUGGAAUGGAAGCAUCUUUCUUGCAUUUUAUGGAUAGGAUUGUUUGUUCUCACUUCAGGCAUGACUAAUAUGUCAAUUUCAGAACUCAAAGCAAAUAACAGCAGAUGCAAAAGUAAAACUAUAAGGGAGUACAACAAAGAACUUGUAUUCUGCAGUUCACCCCAAAUUUUAUGAAUCUUGUGGCUCCUCCCAGUUAUUUUUAGAUCUUUCUAAUAUGUUCCUGGAAAAGGAAAAUUUAUCAUUUUUCUUGCCCCCUGGUAACUACGAAUUGAUAUUAUAAUGCUACAUGGGAAUACAAUUUUUGGUCGUGAAAGUUGCAGCAUAUAGAUUUCGAAUGGCUGCAUUGGAGAGUUUGGUUUUAGGUUUAGUCACAUUGUUUUUUACUCUUGAUGGGCUUCUGUAUUCAUUUUAUUUGUCUUUACUACUAUAGUUUGAAUUACUACAUUCAUUAACUUUCUAAUUCAUUGGAUGUCUCUUAUGUUGAAUGAUCAUUUAAGCUUUUAUGUCUUAUUGAAACACGGUUGAGAUUUCUAUCUGUUAAUAGUUUGGAUGUGAUUUGAGAUUGCACGGGUUAGCGUAAUUCAAAUGUCCGUGUAUUGCCAAGAAAUUCGGUCAGGGCUCGUGAGUCGCAAAGGACUUUGAAAUCCAAGGGUGCAUCACGUCCAAACAAAUUAAUUUCUGCUACUGCAACUUCAUCCAAAACUGAAAAAGUGGCUACUUCUCUUCCUGAGAACGUUAAGCAUGAAGCCACUCAGGGCGAGCUCCCAUCUGAAGCCAACUGCAGCCAGAGUGCUUCAACUAUCAAAUCAAAUAGGAGGAGAUCUUACACAUCUCUAUUGAUGACUGGAUCAAGGGUUGGGGCUUACCGUGUUCUAUUGAUGCCUUUCUUCCUUACUCGUGAACUACUUUCACACUUGGCCCUAUUUGCGGUUACUAGAGGACCGUGUUGAAGCUUUGAAGGCGGAAGAGCUGCCAAGUAUUGAUGACGAUUGCAAUCAACUGGAAGUUUCCGAUUAUGUUGAUGAGAUCUAUCAGUAUUACUGGGUUUCUGAGGCACAGAAUCCACCUCCAGAAAAUUUUAUGUCGAUUCAGGCAGGCAUUACUCAUCAUAUGCGAGGCAUAUUGGUCAACUGGUUAAUUGAAGUACAUUACAAAUUCGAGUUAAUGCAAGAAACUCUCUCAUGGUGACAUUGCUCGAUCAACAUCUUUCCCAAGUUACAAUUAAGAAGGAUGACAUGCAGUUAGUUGGUAUCACUGCACUCUUGUUGGCAUCAAAAUAUGAGGACUUUUGGCAUCCAAGGGUCAAAAAUUUAAUUAGCAUCUUAGUUGAGACAUACACCAGAGUAAAGGUGCUCGGAAUGGAGAAAGCCUUUCUGAAAAAGCUGAAGUUUCGUCUUAAUGCACCUACUCCAUAUGUCUUCAUGUUAAGAUUUCUCAAGGCUGCUCAGUCAGAAACAAAGCUUGAACACUUGUUCUACCUUAUCGAGUUGUGCUUGGUUGAGUAUGAAGCGUUAAGGUUCAAGCCCUCGUUGCUGUGUGCAGCAGCCCUAUCUGUCGCAAGGUGCACCCAGCAGAUUACUCCGGCUUGGACCCCGCUCGUUACGAAGUAUCCCAAAUCAGACUGUGCAGAGAUGGUCUUAAGAUUUCACAAAGCUGCAAGAGUGGGAAAUUUGAAGGUCACAUACGAAAAGUACUCUAGCCCUGAUCUCAGUGGCGUUCGCAGCAAUAAAACCAUUGGAGAUGCUUCCACUCCGAUUCAGCUUAGAGGGGUGGAGAUAAGAAUGUUAACAAUUCAAGAGAUAAAGACUUCAGCAUCAUCUAGUAGACUUGUUUUCCCCUUCAUUUGUUGAAGCCUGUGUAACAUGAUGAAGGGCAUCCAUCAAGCUUGUCAUAAAGAAGCCAUAUUUCGUAGCGCUUCUACUGAUGGCGUCUGUUUACUCUAGUGUUUUCAGGAUUACAAAAUUCUUUUGUUCAUUUGGUACUGCAGUUCACAUCGCUAUUGCUGCGUGAAUCUAGCUUCUGACUAAGGGUUUGCAGCUGUUGAACCGGGCUGACCCAUUUGUUGGGGUAACAGUUUCUGAUAGGGGAGAAAAUGUUGUGUCUGCUGCAGGAGAGGUACAUCUUGAAAGAUGCAUGGAAGAUUUGAAGGGUAAGCCUGGAAGUGUCUCCUUCUUUAACUAAAGUACUUGAAGAUAGUUCUGAUUUACUUGGAGAUAUUCUUGGAGGUAGGGCUUCAAAAGAAGCCUCGGCUUGUGGAAGCCAUGUACUUCUGUGAAUUGAACACGACAACUGCACAUUUGGGUUCUAUGUACGCUGUGCUUGGGCGAAGGCGGGCUAGAGUUUUAAAGGAGGAAAUGCGGGAAGGCUCCCCAUUGUUCACUGUGCAUGCAUAUGUUCCUGUUUCUGAAAGCUUUGGUUUUGCGGAUGAGCUUAGAAGAUGGACUGCUGGUGCUGCAAGUGCUCUUCUUGUGCUUAGUCAAUGGGCAGCACUUCCAGAGGAUCCUUUCUUUGUACCGAAGACAGAAGAAGAACUUGAGGAGCUUGGUGACGGUUCUAGUGUGCUUCCCAAUACUGCAAGGAAACUAAUUAACGCUGUAAGACGGAAGAAGGGGCUUCCUGUAGAGGAAAAAUUAGUACAGCACGCGACCAAGCAGAGGACCCUGGCUCGUAAAGUGUAGAGGUUGUUGAUAUACUUUAGCUUUAGUGUUAGGGCCAAUCUAGUUGAGUGAUUUACUUCUUCUGUGGAAGUAUAGAGGUUGUUGAUAUAGUUGUAAUUAACUUACUAUAGCUUAAUAUCUUCUGCAAAUUGGCAAUGCUGCUAUAGAUUGAGACUAAGUUGGUUGCGAGAGUGGCUCGCAGUCGCAGUUUUCGCAUGUUGCUGUGGCUGGAUAACAAUUUUGAUGGCUUGACAGAAAUUUUGAAUUUUGAAUGGAAAGAUUUAGCUUGC